UAGAAGGUGCUCAGAGUAAGAAAUACAGCGGUGACACAGAAGGACUCGACGACCGGUUAAGUUCAGACACAAAGCUUGCUGCUCGCGCCUACUAAGCAUCAUGAGGGAAAUUGUUCACAUCCAGGCUGGACAAUGUGGAAACCAGAUUGGAGCCAAGUUCUGGGAGGUGAUAAGUGACGAACAUGGGAUCGACCCGACUGGCAGUUAUCAAGGUGACAGUGACCUGCAACUGGAGAGGAUAAAUGUGUACUACAAUGAAGCAUCAGGGAGCAAGUAUGUGCCCCGUGCCAUCCUGGUGGACCUCGAGCCUGGCACCAUGGACUCUGUCCGCUCGGGGCCCUUCGGACAGCUCUUCAGACCCGACAACUUUGUCUUUGGCCAGAGCGGAGCCGGUAACAACUGGGCCAAGGGCCACUACACGGAGGGGGCCGAGCUGGUGGACUCAGUCCUGGACGUGGUGAGGAAGGAGUCGGAAAACUGCGACUGUCUCCAGGGCUUCCAGCUCACCCACUCCCUGGGCGGGGGCACCGGCUCGGGCAUGGGCACCCUGCUCAUCAGCAAGAUCCGCGAAGAGUACCCCGACCGCAUCAUGAACACCUUCAGCGUGAUGCCCUCGCCCAAGGUGUCGGACACUGUGGUGGAGCCCUACAACGCCACGCUGUCCGUGCACCAGCUGGUGGAGAACACAGACGAGACCUUCAGCAUCGAUAACGAGGCGCUCUACGACAUCUGCUUCCGCACGCUCAAGCUCACCACGCCCACCUACGGCGACCUCAACCACCUGGUCUCCGCCACCAUGAGCGGGGUCACCACCUGCCUCCGAUUCCCCGGCCAGCUCAACGCCGACCUCCGCAAACUGGCCGUCAACAUGGUGCCCUUCCCCCGCCUUCACUUCUUCAUGCCCGGCUUCGCGCCCCUCACCAGCAGGGGGAGCCAGCAGUACCGCGCCCUGUCCGUGCCCGAGCUCACCCAGCAGAUGUUCGACGCCAAGAACAUGAUGGCGGCCUGCGACCCCCGCCACGGCCGCUACCUGACCGUGGCGGCCAUCUUCCGCGGCCGCAUGUCCAUGAAGGAGGUGGACGAGCAGAUGCUGAGCGUGCAGAACAAGAACAGCAGCUACUUCGUGGAGUGGAUCCCCAACAACGUCAAGACGGCCGUGUGCGACAUCCCGCCCCGCGGCCUCAAGAUGUCCGCCACCUUCAUCGGCAACAGCACGGCCAUCCAGGAGCUGUUCAGGCGCAUCUCCGAGCAGUUCACCGCCAUGUUCCGCCGCAAGGCCUUCCUGCACUGGUACACGGGCGAGGGCAUGGACGAGAUGGAGUUCACCGAGGCGGAGAGCAACAUGAACGACCUGGUGUCCGAGUACCAGCAGUACCAGGACGCCACCGCCGACGAGAUGGGCGAGUACGAGGAAGACGAGGUGGAAGAUGAAGAGGAAGUCCGUCAUGAUGUCCAUCACUGAGCUGUGCCGUAUGGAAGUACCAGUCUGUGCUCUAUCUAACUAGUCACUUGAAAUCGUCAAUAAUUGUUGUCCAGAGAUCUAGAGGUUUCCGACUAUGCAGUGUGUGCGUGUAUGAAGUUAAUUACAGCUCUUAAGCUAUGCCGCAUCUAAUGGUGGUUUGAAUAUGUUCUUCGAAGACCAUGAUCGAUCUUAGAAUAUGACAAUUAUGUAAUUGUUAUUAUACUGUAGUAAUUGGUUUUCCGGUUCAUGUUUUAGGCUAUCAAUGUUGGUGUCAGAAACUUCCAGUAUGUUUUUUGUUACCUUUACCUCAAAAUGCAUUCUCUCUUACAAGUCAAAAUUAAAAUG